AGCACAUAACUCACUGCCCGUGCCUGGGCGGGAUAGGCUGCUCCGGCAGGGGUGGGCUGGAAGAAGGAGUCCUCCAUCUGCAAACUCUGGAGAGAGGGGCCCGGAGGGAGGAAGAGAGGAGAGGUGGCAGAGGCUUUGCUAUCGCUAUCCCAGCUGAGCGUCUCUCUGAUCGUGGAGUACAGCAUUUCUUUUUCACCCCUCCUUCCUCUCUAUGCUUGCUCCCUAGUCCAAGGCCUGGAAGCUGUAUGUGUGGCGGGAGCUGUGCUGCACCAAGCCCCGGUCUCUUGCUCUUCCCCCUCUUUUCUUUGUAGCCCGGAGGAUUAUUUGUACACUUCCCUUUGCUUUUGGGGGCCGGAUUGCAAAGGACAGAGCCAUGCCCAGGAGGAGCAUCUUGGAGGUGAAGGUGCUGGACGUGCAGAAAAGGCGAACCCCCAACAAACACUAUGUGUAUAUAAUCAAAGUCUCCUGGUCCAAUGGUUCCACAGAAGUCAUUUAUCGACGGUACAGCAAGUUCUUUGACCUGCAGAUGCAGAUGUUGGACAAGUUCCCAAUGGAAGGAGGGCAGAAGGACCCCAAACAAAGGAUCAUCCCCUUUCUGCCAGGGAAGAUCCUCUUCCGCAGAAGCCACAUCCGGGAUGUUGCCGUCAAGCGUCUGAUCCCUAUUGAUGAAUACUGCAAGGCUCUGAUCCAGCUGCCACCCUACAUCUCUCAGUGUGAAGAGGUUCUUCAGUUCUUCGAGACGAGACCCGAAGACCUGAAUCCCCCCAAAGAGGAACCCAAUGGAAAGAAGAAGUCUGGUGGUGACUUGGCAUCGGUAGAUCCCAUGGUCCUGGAGCAGUAUGUGGUGGUGGCAGAUUACCAGAAGCAGGAGAGCUCUGAGAUCAGCUUGUGCGUGGGUCAGGUGGUGGAUAUCAUUGAGAAGAAUGAAUCAGGCUGGUGGUUUGUGAGCACAUCUGAUGAGCAAGGCUGGGUCCCAGCUACAUGCCUGGAAGCUCAGGAUGGUGUCCAGGAUGAAUUCUCAAUGCAGCCCGAAGAAGAGGAGAAGUACACGGUCAUUUACCCAUAUACCGCUAGAGAUGAGGAUGAAAUGAACCUAGACAAAGGGGCUGUGGUAGAGGUGAUCCAGAAAAACCUUGAGGGCUGGUGGAAAAUCAGGUAUCAGGGUCAAGAGGGCUGGGCCCCGGCAUCCUAUCUGAAGAAAGGAACUGGAGAGAUGUUUACACAGAAAUUGGGAUCUGGUUCAUCCACCCACUCCUGUGCCCUGGAUCUGGAUGGCGUUCCCCGGCAGCAGAACUCGACGGGCCGAGAGAAGGACGGGCCCAACAACCAAAGAGAGGGGAGGUUUGAUGGCCGACCAUUACCACAGGCUGACAUUCGACGCAAGUCGCCAAAGAUGAGGCAGAGGCCCCCUCCUCGCCGAGAUCUCACUAUACCACGUGGUUUGAACCUGCCUAAACCUCCCAUCCCUCCCCAAGUGGAAGAAGAAUAUUACACCAUUGCUGACUUCCAGACCACCAUCCCCGAUGGCAUCAGCUUCCAGGCAGGAAUGAAAGUGGAGGUGAUCGAGAAGAACCUGAGUGGCUGGUGGUACAUUCAGAUUGAGGAGAAGGAAGGCUGGGCCCCAGCUACCUUUAUUGAUAAAUACAAGAAAACUAGCAACGCUUCUAGACCUAACUUUCUAGCACCGUUGCCUAAUGAGAUGGCCCAGCUCCAGCUUGGCGAGGCAACUGCAGAGAGCAACACCAACGAAGAAGCCAUCGGGCCAUCCAGGCCUCUGCCUGAAGCUCCACCUAAUGGUAUAGACUGUGGAAUAAAAUGGGCCAAAGACUGGAAGGGGAAGGAGGCUCUCAAGAGUGCCCCCUUGGAGAGCAGUGAUGUAGCCGCUGGCUAUGAGGAGAUCUCUGAUCCGGAUACAGAGGAGAAGCCCAGCCUCCCACCCAGGAAGGAGUCGAUCAUUAAAUCCGAAGGUGAGUUAACGGAGAGGCAGAGGCCUCCACCCAAGCCCCCAGGCAUGAUUUUGCCAAUGAUCCCUCCAAAGCAGACAGUCGCCCCGAGGGACAGCAGGAAGCCAGAGCUGAAAACGGAAAAGGGCAAACUGUUCCAGCUAAAAAACGAAAUGGGCCUGGAGUGCGGGCACAAGGUGUCAGCCAAAGAAGUGAAGAAGCCGAACCUCCGACCCACUGUCAAGCCAGCCAAGCCAAAAGCUGAGCCCCCAGAAGACAAGUCUGAGCCAACGACCCAGAAUCCCUUCUUGAAAUCAAAACCUCAGGUCAGGCCGAAACCAACUGCAGCCCCCAGGACAGACCCACCUCAGGCAGAUGAUAAACUGGACAUUGGCAAUCUGAGAAGCAAGCUCAGACCUGCAAAGUCCCAAGAGAAACCCUCUGAGCAGGACCCCAUGCCUACUGAAAAUUUCUUCAAUAACAGUGCGCUCCCAGCAGAGCUUUCUGGCAAGCCUCAGGAGCGACCGAGCAUGGAGAACAGACCCCCAACCAAACAGGACAGCCAGAUCCCAAAGGAGGCUCCACCCAGGGCUCCCUUCAGCCUGCCAAAGAUGGCUGACAGUGAGCCCAAGAACAUCUCCCCGACUCCCAGAGAGCCACCACUUCAGCGGCCAGUGGUGCCACCCAGGAGACCUCCUCCUCCAAAGAAAGUGGUAUCCUCCUCCUCUGGCCCCACUUCAGACCUGAAAGCCCCACAGAGGGAAGUGCCUGAAAUCAGAGCUGCCUCGGUGCCUGGCCGGCCCAUGCUGGUUCCACCAAAGGCCAAACCAUUUCUGCCUGCUGUGUGCCAAGAUGAAGCCAAGGGGAAAAGCAGCUUAGGCCCAAAGGUAACGCCCAAGCAGGUGGAGAGAGCAGAAGCCAGGGAGAGGACAGCUGCCCCCUUCACCAAUCCAGACAUCUCCAAAGAAGCCCUCUAUGUGGCUGUGGCAGAUUUUGAAGGAGAUGAAGAGACCAGCAGCUUUAAAGAAGGGACCUUAUUUGAAGUUCGUGAGAAGAACAGCAGCGGCUGGUGGUUUUGCAAGGUCCUAACUGGGGGACCUUGUUGGGAGGGCUGGAUUCCCUCCAAUUAUCUAAGGAAGAAGCCAUAGUCUGCCCUCAGUUUACACAGUUGAAGGUUCCUGUUCUUUCACCUGAGUAUUUAAUUAGCUUAUUAAUUUAUAGUUUUCCAUAAUGCUGGCUUAAAAAUAUGUGGGAUACUGUACAUUCCAAUUUGUGCCAUUCCUGAGGCAGAAUUCAAGAAGCAGCUUGACAUAACGCAGCUAGGCCUUCAUUCCUGCUCUGUCUGCUCCCCCCUUCAUAGGAAAUACUUUCCUCUGUCCAUCUAUGGCAGCCCAGCCCCUGUAGAUGGACAUGUGAAGUUGUUUCUCAACAAGCUUCUUGGUGUAUGUUGGCAAAGGCAGUUCCCUCCCCACCAUAGGAAAAUUAUUGGUGCCCACUAGGCUUUUUGACGAGACUACAGGGAAACGAGAGGAAAGUCAGCCAUGAUCCAGGUAAAGAAAUGAAGCCAGCCCCACUCACCAAAUGGAAACUGGAAUAACAAAAGGAGUUGCUUUUCCCGGUGGCUCAGGGUCACUGUUAUAUGUCUGAUACUGUAUUGCCAAGUCCAGCCAUACACAGGAACCAUAGGAAACUAUGGGGACAAGGAGAAACAGUACUUCAAAAUCAGGUCCAUAUAGCUGUGUGUGCAUUGACAUGCUCACUCAUGGCCAU